AAUAGUCCUGUACCAAUUUUUUCGGCUGGUGUGAAGUGAGUAACAACGGAUAAAGGGGGUGGGUACAUGUUCGAUUAACGUUGGUGCAAGUACGAAAAAGUAACGAGUUACGGUUUUUUUUGUUUCGGAUAAGAUCAUCAUCAAGUGAUUUAUUUUCUCGCAAGUAAUUGGUGACACACUUUCGAUUGUGUACACAACGCGAGCAAGUAAUUCAGUGUGACCGGUCGGCGAAACUUUGGCGCUCGUUGUGCUCAUACAGAUCAUCACCCUUAAAAGAAAAGCUAUUUGAUAAAAAUGUUGAAUAAGGUUCUCCCGGUGUCUUCUUAAAUACCUUAAACUCAGGCCUUGUUGAAAAACUAUAAGUGUGUUGUGGUUUUACCUUAUCAAAAAUGGCCAGAGAUUAUGAUCAUCUCUUCAAAUUGCUUAUAAUUGGUGACAGUGGUGUUGGCAAAAGCUCUCUAUUGCUCCGUUUUGCAGACAACACCUUUUCUGGAAACUAUAUUACAACAAUAGGUGUGGACUUUAAAAUUAGGACCAUAUUACUCAAUGGUGAACGUGUCAAAUUACAAAUCUGGGACACUGCGGGACAAGAAAGGUUUCGAACCAUUACAUCAACGUACUACAGAGGAACUCAUGGUGUAAUUGUAGUGUAUGACGUCAGUAGUGGAGAAUCCUUUGCAAAUGUAAAAAGGUGGUUGCAUGAAAUAGAACAGAAUUGUGAUGUUGUCAACCGAAUAUUAGUUGGCAACAAAGAUGAUAUGCCUGACAGGAAAGUGGUCUUAACUGAAGAUGCUCAGAGGUUUGCUAGCCAGAUGGGUAUACAACUCUUCGAGACGAGCGCCAAAGACAACAAGAAUGUGGAGGAAAUGUUUAAUGCCAUUACCCAGCAAGUUUUACUCACGAAAAAAGAACAAAAGGAGCAGGCCAGCAACGCGAACGACACAAUCACUGUCGGCAAAGGAAGAAAACCGACAAAGAAAAGCAAAUGCUGUUGAAAAGGAUAGUUCGUCUCUUCCCCUGUUUCUUGGCGCACCAACGCUCAAAUAGGGGGUCCUGCUGUGACGCUGUAUCAUUGAUUAAACGACAGAAUUCUACUAGACACUCCAUCCCUUCAUAUCCGUUGAGACAGGGGCAUCCAAAAACACACGAAAAUUUAGUUUCCUUCCGUUACCCACCUCUACUCUACUCUCGGAUUUGAUUUCAUUUAAAUUCUUGUUUUCUUUUUUCCCUUUUUUUUUCAUUUUGCUUGUUCGUAAUGUCUUUCUUAAAUCUUCUUUUUAAUUGAAUUGUGUGUCUACUGCGUUACUGAUUUAUUAAAGCAACAAUUUGUCCGCCUUGCAACUUGGUGUGUUCCAUUGUCGUGUACAGCUUUCAGUCCAUUUGGGAUUAAUUGUCGCUGUUUUGUAGUCUCUCCUUCAACAUCUUCUUUAACUGGGCUGUAUUUUUUUUUUCUUUCCUAUUCCUCUUCCUUUCCCUGAUGGAAUGCGUUUUGAACAUGUUUUAUUCCUGGGGAAACCGGGAUAACCACCUACUCGCUCGUCUUCAUUGACUGAAAUAUAAAUUGAUAUGGGCAUUCCAAGUAAAUUAA